AUGGUGAUUGGCAAUCCCGACAACAAAACCGCCGUCGUGGCCCCGUCGGCUGGGCUUCCAUUCCUUGCCGCAGGCGCCGGUGGCGGUAUGCCGCCGCCUGUCCCUCCGAGAGGUACGUUAGACUUCCUGAAUGCCAAACCGCCGUCGAAUUACGUGGCGGGGCUCGGCCGUGGCGCCACGGGCUUCACCACUCGUUCUGAUAUUGGUCCGGCCCGCGCCGCACCGGAUCUGCGCGAUGGACCGGCCGCCGCCGGCUUGGGCCGCGGGAAGGGCCCUGGGGAGGGCGAAGAAGAGGAAGAAGCUGAAGGUAAGGGUUUCAGUGAUAAUCAAAAGUUUGACGAGUUUGAGGGGAACGACGCGGGACUGUUCGCGUCCGCGGCCGAGUAUGACGACGAGGACAAGGCAGCUGACGCGGUGUGGGAGGAGAUCGAUCAGAGGAUGGAUUCCCGCCGGAAAGACAGGAGGGAGGCACGUCUGAAAGAGGAAAUCAAGAAAUACCGUGCUUCGAAUCCGAAGAUCACGGAACAGUUUGCCGACCUGAAGAGAAAAUUGCACACUCUCUCUGCCCAAGAGUGGGAUAGCAUACCGGAGAUAGGCGAUAGGAAUAGUUUUGAUAAAAAGAGGAAGAAGAGGUUCGAAAGCUUUGUCCCGGUUCCAGAUACCACACUCUUUGAGAAAGCAAAGCAGGAAAGGGAACACGUGAGCUCACUAGAUCCCAAGAGCAGGGCUGCUGGUGGUACUGAGACUGUCACGGAUUUAACUGCUGUUGGCCAGGGAAGAGGAACCGUGCUUUCGUUGAAGCUGGAUAGAUUGUCCGAUUCAGUCACCGGGCAAACUGUGGUGGACCCUAAGGGUUACCUAACCGACCUCAAGAGCAUGAAGAUCACCAGUGAUGCUGAGGUGUCUGAUAUCAAUAAAGCAAGGCUUUUGCUCAGGUCAGUGACCGAGACAAACCCGAAGCAUGCUCAUGGCUGGAUAGCCGCUGCCAGGCUGGAAGAAGUGGCUGGGAAGCUCCGUGCUGCCCGUCAGCUUAUCGAGAGGGGCUGUGAGGAGUGCCCAAAAAGUGAAGACGUGUGGCUGGAGGCUUGCCGACUUUCAGUAGAUGAUGCCGCCAAGAAGGCUGUGAUUGCACGUGGGGUGAAGGCAAUCCCAAGAUCAGUCAAACUAUGGAUGCAAGCAUCUAAGCUCGAGGGAGAUGACGUGGACAAGAAGAGUCGAGUGUUGAGAAAAGCACUAGAGCACGUUCCAGACUCGGUGAGGCUGUGGAAGGCUGUUGUGGAGCUUGCGAACGAGGAUGAUGCCCGUCUCCUUCUGCAGAGGGCAGUCGAGUGCUGCCCGUUUCACGUCGAGCUGUGGCUGGCACUUGCGAGGCUCGAGUCUUACGAGAAUGCAAAGAAGGUGCUGAACAAGGCCAGGUCGAAGCUUCCCAAGGAGUCGGCCAUAUGGAUCACGGCCGCAAAGCUUGAGGAGGCCAAUAGUGGCGGUAGUAACCAUAGGAACACUGAAAAGAUUAUAGAAAAUGCGACUAAGGCUAUACAAAUGGACAGGGAAUCGUGGAUGAAAGAGGCUGAGGCGGCCGAGAGAGGCAGUUAUGUGGCGACCUGUCGGGCUAUAAUUCGCUGCACUGUUGGGAUUGGGGUGGAGGAAGAGGAUAGGAAGAGGACUUGGGUUGCUGAUGCUGAGGAGUGUGAGAAGAGAGGUUCGAUUGAGACAGCUAGAGCUAUUUAUGCUCAUGCACUUACUGUUUUCAGGACCAAAAAGAGCAUAUGGGUUAAGGCAGCUCGGCUUGAAAAGAGUCACGGGAGCAGGGACUCUCUCGACAAGUUGCUGCGUGAGGCUGUCACCUAUGUGCCGCAUGCGGAGAUUCUGUGGCUUAUGGGCGCCAAGGAGAAGUGGCUAGCUGGCGAUGUGCCCUCUGCUCGUGCCAUUCUGGAGGAAGCUUAUGCGAAGAUCCCGAACUCGGAUGAGAUUUGGCUUGCGGCCUUUAAGCUGGAGUUUGAGAAUCAUGAGCCCGAGAGAGCCCGGAUGAUUCUUGCAAAGGCGCGUGAGAGGGGAGGGAAAGAAAGGGUUUGGAUGAAGUCGGCGAUUUUAGAGAGAGAAUUGGGCAAUGCUGAUGAGGAGAGGAGUUUGCUGGACGAGGGGAUUAAACACUUCCCGUGGUUUUUUAAACUCUGGCUUAUGCUCGGGCAGCUAGAAGAGAGGCAGGGCUCGGAGCAGAAGGCAAAGGAAACGUAUGAGUUGGGCAUCAAGAACUGCCCUGAUUGCAUUCCUCUCUGGCUUUCGCUUGCCCGCUUGGAGGAGAAAGUAAACGGGCUGAGCAAAGCCCGUGCUGUCCUCACCAUGGCCAGAAAGAAAAACCCUCAGAAUCCUCAGCUCUGGCUUGCUGCCGUCAGGGCUGAAAACCGGCAUGGUAACAAAAAGGAAUCUGAGAUACUAAUGGCAAAGGCACUGCAAGAAUGCCCUAACAGUGGCAUCCUGUGGGCCGAAUCUAUUGACAUGGCUCCUCGUAAAAAAACUUACUGUAGGGACGCAUACACGAGGUGCGGGCCCCAUGACCCUCAUGUUCUUGCUGCAGUUGGGAAAACGUUUUGGCGUGAUGGAAAGGUUGAGAAAGCCCGAUCUUGGUUCAACCGGGCCGUUGAGCUUGGCCCGGAUAUUGGGGAUUUUUGGGCGUUGUUUUACAAACUGGAACUCGAGCACGGUACUGAGGCGACUCGGAGUGAGGUGUUGAGCAGGUGUGUGGCAGCAGAACCAAAGCACGGCGAAAAAUGGCAAUCCAUAUCAAAAGCUGUGGAGAAUUCACACCGGCCUACUGAAUUCAUCCUGAAGAAAGUGGUUAUUGCGCUAGGGGAGGAUGGAUCUAAAUACUAG